UGUCUUUGUUUUUUGGGGAUUUUCCUCCUUUUACUCGUUCAUCUAGUAGUAUUUUAAUAUUAUUUUCAUUCUCUGAUCAUUUUGCUUUUAUUCAGGAUUCCGUCCUUUCCAUCAUAUUCAAUACUUCCUCCGUUGAUACAGUAAUUUUUUUUUUCGUCUGCUGCCAGUUCCUUUCAGUUGCUACAGUUUUUGCAACACAAUGUCCACGGAAACUGAUUUCAUGCAACAGCCUCACAUCUUUGGCCGAUUGACGCUGCGUCCAAAUCCGCUGUCUGCUGAAAAACCAAACCUCAAUCGGCUUUGGAUCGAUUCAUUGCUUCAGAUUCCUUGGACAAACACCACAGUUCAAGGUCUCGAGGAUUUGGCUAAACGGUAUAGACUUGACGUAUUUGUAGACACCUCUCAAGAGGGAAAGACUGUUCUCAGUUUGGCGGGAAAAAUUAUCCUUGUAGAUGUCACUAUCCUGAAAGAAGACCCGACAAAAGUCAAUCAAGUAGCUCUUAUAUUCGCCGAUGCCAGCGGGGAACAACAUACGGACGAAGACUUGGAACGCUGUUUGAGAGACGCUAUCCUCCAUGAGAACACCUCGGCUUUCGAGAGGAACAUUGCUUUUCUUGCUGCCGGUGAUCAUAGCUCGCCUUCCGUACAGCAGAGUGCGUUUCUGUACUUGCAGCAGAUUUACAAGGCCGUGUUCGCCGUUCAUGAAGAUGAAUGCAGGCGAAUGAAAAUGAACGAUGCUCUCCUUUAUGGUCACGGAGUGCCUGUCCUUAACAAAAACGAUAUUCUUGGUCUCCAGCUGACUUACUGGGAGUCGUUACAUGAGACCUUCGAGGCACACUUGAUUCUCGACGACAUGCCUCCGCGCGGUGUGCGCCAUGUAGAGUAUGCUGAAGGACCACUGCUUAAUCCUCAACAACCCUUCCUGCCCAACGGCGAUCCGCAAUGGGUAUCGUCCACGGCAGCCGAGGACACUUUAACUGCAACACUCGUGUUACUUCUUCGUGAUCACCGCUCUCUUUGGCUUCCUCUUCAAGGCAUUCAAGCUCUCCUGGACAAGCUACAGCUCACAGACGUCUUUCUUCCUUGGCCUGAAACCCUUUAUGGUGAAUUGCUCCACUUGCCAUCUCGCUUCACAUCUUCUUGUGCACCCUUGGAUGGAAAUGUUGAUGUAACAUUAGAAGGUCACGACAUUCCAGCUCGCCAAGUGUACCGCGUUCCUAUUGCACAUCCCAGACAAAUUCUCCCUGUGCUGCACAUUCUACGGCAGUAUCUAGUACUACAGUUGCUGCUUACUAACUGUGCAGGACCUACUGCAACAAGUGAAUGCAACACGGCUUUACGCAUAUCCCUCACAUUCACACCCAUGCCAUGUCUCAAGGUCCGCUAUCAAUGGCUUGGAUCCCAAUCGGCCGAAGACGUCGUCACAUUUCUGUUGUUCGUGCAGGAGAACGGUCAUUUACUUAUUGACUCUCUUGUCCGUGGGCUGCAAUCUUGCACGGACAAUGCCAAGACUGCUCUUCACACUCUCCUCACUCGAACGCAUCACAUUCCAUUGUCCCUUCAAACGUGGUCCUCCCGUUAAGGACGUUUAAAAACCGCAGCACUAUCAUUAAAAGACUAGUUACUUAUCCUCACCACAGUGUAGCUUUGUAGCAUUAAAUUACAUUUUUGCUAGUUACAUAAAAAGAG